AUGGAGGGCCUAUUCUUUAAUGUUAACGGCGGAUAUGUCGAGGGCAUUGUUCGCGGCUAUCGAAACAGCCUGUUGAGCGGCCAGAACUACUCCAACCUCACUCAAUGCGAGACAAUCGAUGAUGUCAAACUCCAACUUGCCCCCUCAUAUGGCGAUUUCCUUGCCUCUCUUUCCCCAAACCCCUCCACCUCCGAUCUGGCAAGCCGGAUGACCGAUAAGCUGGUGUCUGAGUUCAAGUACCUGAUCGCACAAGCGACAGGCUCAUCUGCCAAGUUUCUCGAGUACAUGACAUACGGAUACAUGAUCGAUAACAUCGCACUAUUGAUCACAGGCACUCUGCAUGAACGAGACACCCGGGAACUUUUGGAGCGAUGCCACCCACUAGGAUGGUUUGAGACACUUCCCGUGCUGUGUGUCGCCACCAACAUCGAGGAACUGUACAAUUCAGUACUGAUCGAGACCCCACUGGCCGCCUACUUCAAGGGCAGUCUGAGCCACCAGGACCUGGACGAGCUGAACAUCGAGAUCGUCCGCAACACCCUCUACAAGAACUACUUGGAAGACUUCUACAACUUUAUCAACACCCACCCAGAUUUCAGCGGGACACCAACACAGGACGUCAUGGCGGAAAUUCUGCAGUUCGAGGCGGACCGUCGCGCUAUCAAUAUCACUCUGAACUCCUUUGGCACCGAGCUGUCCAAGCUCGAGCGGAGGAAAUUGUACCCGGAGUUUGGCAAGCUCUACCCGGAGGGCAGUCUUAUGCUUUCCCGGGCAGAGGAUGUCGAGGGUGUGGCCUUGGCCGUUAGCGCGGUGGCUGAUUACAAGGCGUUCUUCGAUGCUGUGGGUCUGAGCCAAGGCGGCGGCGGCGGUCUCGGUGGUAUGGGCGGAGGUCCGGCAGAUGGGAAGAGUUUAGAGGAUCUUUUCUACCAAAAGGAGAUGGAUCUGUCAAAGCUGGUUUUCACCCGUCAAUUCACUCCGGCUGUGGUGUACGCCUGGAUGAAGCUGAAGGAGCAGGAAAUCCGAAACGUCACCUGGAUCUCGGAAUGCAUUGCUCAGAACCAGAAGGAGAGAAUCGGAAACUUCAUCUCCGUUUUCUAA